UGCCGUGAGGUUUUGAUGCGAUGGUUUGGGGGGCUCACGGGCGUGAGCCUUUUGGGCUGCUUGCGUGGUGCUCCUGGGUGCUGGCCGACGAUUGAGGAAGGUGGUGGUCGUCGGGAGUGGCGGAGGAGCAGGAGGCGAGGAGGCUGGACUGGAUGAACAACAGGGUGGGAGUGGGACAGCUGACGAGGAAGAAGAGGCACAUAGUGUGGGAAGCUGCUAUCGUCAUGAUCCUCUGGUUAUGCUAAUUCAAAUAAUUUAGGAUAUCAUUAUCUAUUCAAAGUUCCUGGUUCUGGGGCAAGAUGAGUAGAAGAGUACAGAAUGAAAAGGAUUCUGGGAGAAUCAAAAGCGAUGGGACAGCUGCUCGCACAAGGCCUUUGAGCAUUCAGGAUAUCAUGUCCCGUCGUGAAAAGAAAACUGCUUCAGAAGCUAAGAAAACCAAGGAAGGCCUCGAAGAGAACAGUAAUGGUAAAUCCAGUCAUUUGGAAUCAGGAAGAGGAUCCAAAAGCAGAAAGGAUCUCAGAGAUGUGCCUAUGGAUAGUUCCAAAAAGGAUAAUAGAGAUAGACCAGGGGAGGGUUCCAAGGAGGAGGAUAUGAGACAUAUGUUAAGGGAAGAGCAUAAAAAGGACAACAUGAGAGGUAAGCCAAGAGAGGUCUCCAAGAAAGACAACCCGAAAGAUAGGCCAAAAGACAGCUCCAAGAUAGAUAGCUUGAAAGCUAAAGUGAAGGUUCCAUCGAAAGAUGACCAAAGAGAUGCACCAAACAAGGGUGCCGAGAAAGAGCAGUCCUCCAUAAGAGACAACAACCAUUUGGUUGACAAAGAUAAAGGCAAUCAUAAUUCUCAUAAACUUAGCUCAUACACCAGUGGUCGUGUUGGCAAAAACAAAGGAGGGAACCAUGGUGACAUUACAGCAAGAGACGGUGAUGCAACAAUACAGGAAUCACAAAAAGGACCUGGGAAAAGAUGGAUUGAUGAACCAGUUGGUAAUGAUAGAAUCAAAGAGAGGAGUGAGAGGCGAGCUGAUGGAAAGAGAAAAAGCCGUGGCUUUGACGAUGAGAAGAGUUCUCAGGUUGAUCGAUCCACACUGAAGAAACAGGAUGCUGUGCGGCUGAAAGAUCCCAAACAUUUUGAUAGAGCAGACGGGAGGAAAGAGUAUGCAAAACUGCACCAUGAAGUGCCCAGGUCAAAAAGGAGAAGGUCUACAAGCAGGGAUUAUGAGCGAGAAAGAUAUGACAGGUCUGUCUCACCAUCCACAAGGGAACAAAGACAUAGCUAUCGUGGACAUGGUCAUGAUUAUUAUGCUCCAUAUUACUCCAUGGACAAAUCAAGAAGGAAUCAUGCUGAAACUGACCGGCAUAGAACAUCUUGGAAUGCUGGAUACAGUGGCGGGUCUUAUCGGAGAUAUGAAAGUCGGCUUGGUGGAUAUUCACCAAGGAAAAGAAAAACAGCACCAAAAGAUGAACAGACAACUAUCAAGACCGCUUCUCCAAUUAUUCGAUCUCCAGAAAAGAAAUCAGCCACAUGGGAUCAGCUUCCUGUGGCAGAAGAUCAAUCUAAUUUAGUUACCACUUUGCAGUCAACUGUUGGUCAAAAGGAUUCCUCUGUUCCAGUCAAUUUUUCCACAUCAAAGCAGGAUCUGAAUACUACCAUUGGAACUAUAUUGACAGGGAGUAGUUUGGCUGUUGAUUCUGUUCAGCUGACACAAGCAACCCGACCACUUAGGAGAUUGCACAUUGAAAAUCUACCAAGUUCGGCUACAGAAGACAUGCUAAUUGGCUGCUUGAAUGAGUUUUUGCUGUCAUCUAGUGUGAGCCAUAUCCAGAGGUCCAAACAACCAUGCUUCAGUUGUGUGAUAAACAAGGAUAAACGCCAGGCUUUUGUUGAAUUUCUUACACCGGAGGACGCUACAGCAGCUCUUUCUUUUGACGGACGAUCUUUCAAUGGUUCUUCUUUGAAAAUUAGACGCCCUAAAGAAUAUGUCGAAUUGACACAUAUUGCUCCUAAGAAGCCUUCCACAGAGAUUAAAUUAAUAUCCAAUGUCGUUGCAGAUUCACCACAUAAGAUUUUUAUCUCUGGGAUUUCUAGAGUGAUUUCAUCUGAGAUGCUCAUGGAAAUUGCUAGUUCAUUUGGUCCAUUGGCUGCUUACCGUUUUCUUUUCAAUGAAGACCUUGGUGGGGCAUGCGCAUUUCUUGAGUACAUUGAUCACUCCAUUACAUCGAAGGCAUGUGCUGGCCUCAACGGAAUGAAGCUUGGUGGAUGCAUCCUAACUGCUGUUCACGUGGUCCCUGAUCCUCCCACGCAGGUUGAUAACGAAGCUUCUCCAUUUUAUGGAAUUCCGGACAGUGCCAAAUCACUUCUUGAAGAACCAACAAAGAUCCUGCAGCUAAAAAAUGUGUUUGACCAAGAAGAGUACUUUCUACUUUCAAAAUCUGAGCUGGAGGAAAUAUUGGAAGAUGUACGUGUGGAGUGUGCAAGGUUUGGAGCUGUGAAAUCCAUAAAUGUUGUAGAGUAUCCUGGUAGCAGUGACAGCACUACAGGGGAUAUCAUAACUGUGUCUGAAGAUGGAUCUGCGAAGAAUGAACCCGAAGAAUAUGGUGGCAAUGUCAACCACACUGAUACUGGAGCAGAAUGUUCUGUAUUGAAUCAGAGUACAUGUGAGGUCCAGGAUCCUGUAAAGCUUGACAUAGAUUCUAUUCCCAAGGGUGCGGACCACAAUGAGCUUGACAGACUUCGCAAAUGUGAUGCACCUACAGCAGGAGAUGAGAAUACUGAUCAAAGCGCGGAAGCUGAUCAGACCGAUACUAUAGAUGCUGAUGUUCGUGCGGUGGAUGAUGGCACUCUUGAGAAAGGACAUGCAGACCCGCUGAUCCCGGAAAUCUGCUGUUCCAGUCCACCAGGAGAUGGAGCGGACAAACCUGGUAGGGAGAACGAGCAACAAUGUGGUACUGGCGUGAGUGAAAGCAACACGGAGAAGGCACCUGCAGUUGAUGCUAGAGACAGUGCUUCGGCUUCAAGCACCAGUGCGCUCGAAGCUGGCUGUAUACUUGUAGAGUUCUUGCGCAAGGAGGCUGCAUGCACGGCUGCUCAUUCACUACAUGGGCGGCGUUUUGGCAGCAGGAUUGUCUCUGCAGGAUAUGCUCCACAUGAUCUCUACUUGCAGAAGUACCCGAGGUGAUUUCUAGUGAUGAGAUAAUGUACCUUUUUGGGGGGGAGGAUUCUGAUGUACUGAUGGAACCCAAAGCUCUCAUGUAUCCCAGUAUGAACUAUGAACUAGCCUAGGCCUGUAGUAGUUUUGGUGUUUUGGAUGCAUAGGCUAAUCGUCAGUCAAUGAGAUUUCAUCAGAAUUGAUGUACUUCUAUUAUAGAAGGGACACACAGGGAUCAGUAGUCAGUAGUUGUUCUUUGGAGUAAAACAAUAGGAUAACACGUGAUCAUUAACCAUUUUAUCUGAGUUGCAGCUUGGUUUUUUGUUUGCAACCAGGGAAACUUAAACAUUCCCUUGUUGGAA